AUGGAUAAGGUGUUAAGACCGGAUAAACUUGAACUCGACCUGUCGACAUCCGCAAAUGGAGGAAAUGCGAACAAGUUCGUCCACUGGAAAACGACGAUGGAAAAUUUUGUUGAGACACUAAAAGAUACAGUCACUACAGACGAUGCUAAGUACAAAGUCUUGAUAAAUUUCAUCAGCCCCGAUAUCUUUCUCCACAUCUCCGAGCUGACAAAAUACUCAGAAGCCCUUGCCCUCUUACAGGCACUGUUUGUCAAAACGAAAAAUCCUAACUAUGCUCACCACUGUCUGGCCAUGAGAACCCAGAAAGAAGAAGAAUCCAUCGAAUUAUACUUACUGUCACUAGAAAAACUAGCUAAAGAGUGUGAUUUCAAGGAGGUAACUGCCGCAUUGCACCAAGAGGAAUGUAUCAGAACGGCAUUCGUAUCAGGAUUGAGCUCACACCAGAUCCGUCAACGGUUACUUGAGGAUACAAAAUCCUUGUCUGACACUACUAAGGCAGCCACCACACUUGAGCAAGCCCUCAGGGAUAGUAAGCACUACAAUCACCCGGGCUACUGA